UGCAUUUAUGAAUAUUCUGACACCCCCUGACACUGCCUCCUGCACCUCAAGGGCCUGCGGGCACAUCUGGUUAAGAGCCCGUGUUUUAGAAGACACACAUAUACAUUUGUGGUUUGUUUUUUCAUAUACACACAAUAAAGAGGUAAAAUGUUAUCCCCCCACCCCCACACAGCUGUACAAUCCCCAAUUUGUGAACACGAUAGCAGACAAGAGCUCCCUGCAGUUUGUCGGCUCGACUGGAGAGUUUGUGGAACGACGGGAAAUGACCAAACGUUUCCAGCUUCCUCCGGGCACAUAUGUGGUCAUUCCCAGCACCCACUCGCCACGACGGGAAGCCGAGUUCAUUCUCAGAAUGUUUACUGAACAACCGGUGGCCGCUGGGUAAGAGACAUCAAUGUCACAUCUGUUCAAUGUUGUCUCAAUGUCACAUCUGUUCAAUGUUAUCUUAAUGUCACAUCUGUUCCAUGUUAUCUCAAUGUCACAUCUGUUCAAUGUUAUCUCAAUGUCACAUCUGUUCAAUGUUAUCUCAAAGUCACAUAAAUGUCACAUCUGUUCAAUGUUAUCUCAAUGUCACAUCUGUUCCAUGUUAUCUCAAUGUCACAUAAAUGUCACAUCUGUUCAAUGUUAUCUCAAUGUCACAUCUGUUCCAUGUUAUCUCAAUGUCACAUAAAUGUCACAUCUGUUCAAUGUUAUCUCAAUGUCACAUCUGUUCCAUGUUAUCUCAAUGUCACAUACAUGUCACAUCUGUUCAAUGUUAUCUCAAUGUCACAUCUGUUCAAUGUUAUCUCAAUGUCACAUAAAUGUCACAUCUGUUCAAUGUUAUCUCAAUGUUACAUCUGUUCAAUGUUAUCUCAAUGUCACAUCUGUUCAAUGUUAUCUCAAUGUCACAUAAAUGUCACAUCUGUUCAAUGUUAUCUCAAUGUCACAUAAAUGUCACAUCUGUUCAAUGUUAUCUCAACAUCACAUAAAUGUCCCAUCUGUUCAAUGUUGCCUCAAUGUCACGUAUGUUCAAAUCAAAUAGCUUAACUUCAUGCUACAUCUCAGAAAUUUCGCCCGUUUCGUAAAGCACGUAGUUUAUAUCCAUCCUCCUGAUAAAUAUUCAAGAAAGACUUAAUGCUCUUAACAGGAUAACCAUGUUGCCUCAUUUAAAUCGCCUUGUAUUUUUGCUCGGUUGGUAUCAUUCCUCCACUGGACAACUUGUGAAAUUUAAUAUCACCAUACACACAUUUCGUGCCAGAAUCGGCCUCAUCAUCCAUCUGUGCACCCACAGCGAAGAUCACAAUCAGCAUAUACCAGGAUUUUAAGGUUUUCAUUGUCGAUUUCGACUGACGAACUAUGAAUACAUUUCUAUGUAACCAUGUCCAUCACUGUCACUAAAGUUCAACAAGGCGCAACAUAAAAUUACCGAUAAGAGCCCUAAAGGAGUUUCUGAAAAAAUACCACACUUGAAUUUGGUGCGUAUUAUUGUCUUUUCUUUUACGGGAAAAGUUUGUGCAAUAAAGCUGCGAUGGGACAGGGGUGGGGCUGAAGAAUAUUAAUACGGUUCAGGGGCGGCGGCAUAUCAGGAAAAGGGGGGGUAGCACUUAUUGGGAAUCUUGUGAAGUGCAUACUUGAAUGCGUGUUUUGUCAAGUAACUUUUGUAGAUGAGAAGUUCAUGCAUUGCGGCCGUCAUUGGUGGUCUGUAAGGAGUUGUAUAAUAAUUAUCGCAGCCCAGUUUGCCUGAGUUCAACACUUUAUUAUGAGCUAAAGUAAAAGUGGAGAAAAUAGUAAAUUCGGCAACUAAUAAAUCCAUCCGACAUUUAAAAAAAAUUUUUUUUGUUGUUGCUUCAGCUUGAGUUCAAAGUUCAGAAUGCGUCCAUUCCUACGAAUGCAAUUCAUCAAAUGGCAGCAUCUAUAAAUACCCACCCUAUUAAAUAUCUGAAUAAAUUUCAUACAUAACCCUCGUGAUUUAAAGAGUUUAAUUUUAGAUAAUUUGAAUAGAAACAUUCCAUGCGCAUCCUACUGUUGUAGCCCGCAUGUGGCCAGAUCCUUUCCCCGCCACUUUUAUUAUUAUAAUUUUCUUUUGUAUCUCUUCAUGUUCAAAUAUUUUCUGUGUGUCUCCGACUAUAAUUGUUAUCACAUAAAGACACACAUGAAUUUUUUCCUCCUCUCAAAGAUUCAAUUUCUCAUUUGAUACAUUGUCCCCACACCCAAUUAUCAGAUAUUUAUUGUGGUAUAAGUUAGAAUGAUUUUUAAUAUACAUCUAAAUAGUUCCACUUCUUCCACAGAUACCUUGAUGUGAGCACAAAUAUUCCCGUAAGUAAAAAAAAACAACAACCGUAUCACAGUUAUUUAUUUUGACAUUAAACUAUUCACCUCCAUGUUUAUUUUUUUUCUGGUUCUAAAAAAUGAGUUAAAGUCGAGACUUUAAGAAAGUCCAAUUCCAUACCCUUAAAAUCAGUGGCCCACAACCGUUGGAUCGCGGACCUGUAGUAGGAAAUGGACAGAACCGUGUCAUGGAGCGCGCGCUUUUUUGACCCUGGAAUCAAAACUAAAACGUCUCUAUCCCCCGGACAUGGAAACAGUGUCUCCCACAAACCACUGUGGUGCCGGUCAUGGAAAAAUAGUCUUGCACAAACCAUUUUUUAAUGGUUGUGGAAAAAAUUGCCUUCCACAAACCAUUGUGAUGUCAAAAAGGUUGGCGACCGAUUAAGAAUACUCAUUCAGUUACCAUGAAUAAAUUAUGUAAAUGAAAAAAACAAUAUUUAAAAAAAAUAGAAAAAACCACUAAUUUAUCAAAGGACUUUCACUGUACAAAAUAAGACUGGAACCUGAGAAAGACUUGAAAACAAUUUAACAUUAAAAAAAAACCCACGACGUUAGUUAAUAAGUUUGAUCAAUUCAAAUUGUAAUAAAACGUAUAAUAACGUUAAAUGUCACGUGACUGUACUGUGUAAGUUCUUCGAAUGACCCGUCCCUGCUUAUUGACAGCUGAAGCCUGCCAGGAUGACCAGCAAAGAUCUUCUUUCUGAGACGUACGACAGGUACGCGGGCAAUGACAGGAAAAUGGAUGCUCAUGAGCUCAGGGGCUUCCUCACGGAGACUGCAACGAUAGGUGAGCGAGUCAUUAAACAACUAAAGGGUUUAGUUGUGGGGGGGGGCAGAUGUUAGUAACAUGGAAGGCAAGAUGGUCAGUAAUAUGAAAGUUUAUCUUUGCCAAAAUACUCUAUUACCGGUACUCUAGUCGAGCAUACUCUAUCAUCGUUUUUCGAUGGUACUCUGCAACGAUGUCUAUUAACGAAUGCCCAGGGACACCGAAUAUUGGAACACAGACACUUUAUUAAUGACUUGGGUUCUUCUUUAUUUCGUACAUCUGCCACGUAGAUUCACCGAGAUACAGGAUCUCCUUAUAACUACACUGUCUAUCCUAACAGAGCAGCUAUCACUCACGAAAGUCUCAUGACUAACUCCUUAGUCAACUCUGUCUCCUUCCACUCUCUCCUUCCACUCUCUCCUUCCACUCUCUCCUUCCACUCUCUCCAUCUCACGCCUUACAUCCACACACUUGUUUAUUAUGCUAUUCCUGUCAUCCAACAAUCAUUCAGACGCAAUCACAACACCCAUGACACAAUGACAACACCCAUGACACAAUGACAACACCCAUGACACAAUCACAACACCCAUGACACAAUCACAACACCCAUGACACAAUCACAACACCCAUGCCACAACCACAACACCCAUAACACAAUCACAACACCCAUGCCACAACCACAACACCCAUGACACAAUCACAACACCCAUGACACAAUCACAACACCCAUGACACAAUCACAACACCCAUGCCACAACCACAACACCCAUAACACAAUCACAACACCCAUGCCACAAUCACAACACCCAUGACACAAUCACAACACCCAUGACACAACGCACGGACCCAAACAGCGUUCAUACUGACAGCAGUGGUUCUCAUACCUUUGACAAUCAUGCUAUUAAAAAAAAAGCAUGUUGACCCGUGGUUUUUCUAAAACGAUUUCAUUGUGGGUUGUCGUUCCUGUUCACAAGUAUUUUAUCACCACAGAGCUGCAGGCCACUUUACAGUUUCCUCUAGAAUCUUGUCGGACAUUGUUGGCUCUGAUGGACGUAUCCUUGACCUUUGACCCAGUGGUGUUUUUACAGGGACCUGGGUGCUGAUUAGAUUUUAGGACCAAGCUGAAACUCAAACUGUAGUAAUAAUUGUCUCAGGGGCGUAUCUCUAGGAAAGGGAAAACAGGGAUAAAAAAAAAAUAUUAAAAAAUGAGGGGGGGGGGGGGGAAGAAAAGGGGGGUGGUUAAAAAAUGUGUCAGAGUUCAAAUAAUUUAAAAAGGAAAAGAAUUUUUGACUAAUGCCUCAAAAUAAGGAGUGAAAAAAAAAAAAUAAAAAAAAGGGGGGGGGGGGGGGGGCAGAUAUGGGGUGUGGUUUAAAAAUGUGUCAGAGUUCAAAUAAUUUGACAAGGAAAAGAAUAUUUGACUCAUGACUCAAAAUAAGGAGUGUGAAAAUGUCUGCCAGGGGAAGACGUAGAAGUUACACUUAAGGUAACUAUUACAGAGAUCACUUACUAUGGGGAGGCUUUUGUCCUUUCUUCGGGAAGGAUGACAAGAAGCUACAACAGGCACGGUAACACUUUAAAGCGUUUCAUGGUUAAGAUUUUGCUGCAACUCUGUUCCUUACAACAAACUCCAGGAGGACAAGUCUGGGUUCUUAAGCUUUGAGGAAGCAAGGAGCGCUUGGAAGGAAAUCAAGGCUUACAUGGUUAGUUGGUAGUAAGACUGAUAGAAAGGCUUGCAUGGUUAGUUGGUAGACUGAAAGCAAGGCUUGCAUGGUUAGUUGGUAACAAGACUGAUAGAAAGGCUUUGCAUGGUUAGUUGGUAGACUGAAAGCAAGGGUUGCAUGGUUAGUUGGUAGCAAGACUGAUAGAAAGGCUUGCAUGGUUAGUUGGUAGACUGAAAGCAAGGCUUGCAUGGUUAGUUGGUAACAAGACUGAUAGAAAGGCUUUGCAAGGUUAGUUGGUAGUUUGACUUAUCGUUUAUCAAGUUUUUUUAUAGCAACUUUGUAUAAAUUGAUUAGAUCAUCCUUGUAACGGACUAUGAAUUAACUGAAGCUAAAAGUACAAUAGUUUUAUGCACAUCAUGAUGCGUUGCUGACAGGGGAUGUUAUUGACCAAACAUUGUAUUUAAAGAUAAUGCACUAGUGUAAAAUUAUGCUUUGUGACUGUUGAAUGUCCUCCACUAUGUACAGGCGAUCUUCCAACAGUUUGAUAAAAACAACACCAACUCAGUGGACACCUAUGAACUCAGAGACAUGUUCUCAAGACUAGGUAACUAAAAUAAAUGGUCUAGCUUCGGUUAGCAUACUAUGCAAUAAUAGAAAUACUUGAUUUAGGUGCGAUGCUUGUUUUUUUAAUAAUAAAAUAUGGUCAACACAAUCUUUACUAUUUUUUUUUUUAAAAUUGCAAAUUUAGCCCCGACAUCAUCACUGCUUUAAAGAAAUGAUUGAACCAUUUCACCAGACAAAGCUGUCUAUAAAAAAAUUUGACUCAUUUUUUACAAGCUGAUCCUAGAGACAUUUUGGGUCUUGCAUAUUUUGAAAAAACCAGUCAAAGCUCGUUUCAGGUAAAAAAAAAUGUUUAAACCUUUUUUUAACAUCAUUAUCGCUACACUUCCAGGGUUUUCCAUCAGCACCCCGGUCCUGGCUUCUAUAGUGAGACGGUACGGUGGAAGGGACAGGACCAUAACAUUGGAAGAUUUCAUCAUGGCCAUCUGUAAACUGACAUCAUUAUUUGGUGAGGUUAAUCUCAGAUAAAGUUCAGCUAACGUACCUUUAACCAUGUAUUUAGAUAUUAUUUAUAAAUAGUAAACUCCUAAUGCUUGAUAUAAAAUAUUAUAAAUGAUAAACAAAACGAAUUUUGGUAAAACAGAGUAUGCUUGCCCAUGAGCGCCACCUAUUUUUUUCAAAUGGAUGGGUUCCAAAAUCAUAUUUAUUGUUUCCAAACUCGAUUUCAUUUAGAUAAGUAGGCUAAUAAAAACAGACCCAAUUAUAUAUGAGCGCCGUGCGUGCUCAAGACGUCAUUUGCGUUUUUAUUCAAUAUUGAUGCAGGAGUCAUUCCCCUUUGUUUAUUUUAUUGUUAAUUUUCAUUUAAAAACACACACAAAUAUAUAUAUAUAUAUAUAUAUAUAUAUAUAUAUAUAUAUAUAUAUAUAUAUAUAUAUAGGCCUAUAUAUAAAUAUAUUGAAAUUUAAUAUUUAAUCUGAAAAAUUCCUUUCCUUUCAAUUCAUGGUAUUUCAAGCCAUAUUUAAUUCGCCAAACUAUGACAACACAUGUUAUGAAUGCGCAUAUGAUGUGGCUGUACCCCUAUACAUGCUAAACGCAAAGAAAGAUAACUAGCUUUAAAAAAAAUGCGGAGUGUUCUUUCUUUUCUUGUUACAGCAUUUUAAUUAUUAUUAAUUUGGAUGUUUUAAUAUUGUUUUUUUUUUUAAGAACGCUAGCUCCGGUUUGUGCUUACAAUUUUAGUUAUUGUGUAUUAAGCUGAACAAAAAUUAAACGUUUUGUCCCAUAAUCAUUUUGUUCACAAACAAUUUAAAUCACUGUCACUAAAAAAACGUAUAUUAUUGUAACGAUAAAUCAAACUAUAGCCACAACACAAUGCACAUAACAUAAAUAAUCAUACUAAUAAAGCUUAUUUAAAAAUCACGCUUCAUCCCCAAGGGCUCGAUGCGCGGUACAAAGUCAUCCAUUUUAAAAAAAAUAAAUAAAAAAUCUAUAUUUUAUCAGAUUGAAAUACCAAACGCAACAUUGCAAAAACUACAUACGAGAAUACCCAUUCUAAUUCUUCUAUCCCUUGCAACCAUAAACAACACAGGCCAAUAUACAUCUAGGAGAUAAUAGUUAGCUGGAAAAGAUUGUAGACUAAUUCACCCCAACAGGUGUUUGCGAAAAAGAUAUUUUUUCAAAUCGGUUUUGAAAGACUCCAGUGUCUGGCUGCUUCUGAGAGCGACAGGAAGUGUGUUCCAAAAUGUUGGGCCAGCAAAUGCGAACUUGCGCCAUACAGAUACCACCGUAACGAUAACCAUAACAUUCCCUUGUCACAAUGAACGUAACAUAAUACACAAUGUAUGACUUUGUCACCCCCUUAUUUUAAUUCCAGGCUCGUUCCGAGCAGAGCAAAGGUCACGGGGUGUUAGUGGAGAAGCCGUGGAGUUUUCCAUGAACAAGGUACAACCUUAUAGAUACAAUUGUGUGAAUGAUUUUAGGCUGCUAUAGACUUGAACGUUAGAAAUGUUUUUUUUUAUGGACGCACGUGUUGUAAACUAUUUUAUUAUAGCUUAUGUUGUAGUCAUAUAGGCCUAGUUGUGAAGUUGUGUGAGAGAUGAGAGCCAAAAAGUCGAGCUUAAGCUGCUACAAAGUUCAGGAUUAAUACGCUCUUUAUAUUUUUAGCCAAACAUGAAUUUUUUUCUUAUGUCAUUGUUGGUGCUAUUUCAUUAAAAAAAACAACGCAUAUUUGUCUCGACAGUUUCUGGAGGUGACAAUGCUCUUGUGACCUUGACCUACUAAGGCGAAGAAAGUUUGACCAGAUCUAAAUUUUAUGGACACAUCACUGUUUGACUACUAAUUGCAUGAUGACGUCAAUGGAUGACGUAUGAAAACAAUAUGACGUCUGAUAUCUGAAUACAAUAUAACACUAACGAGCUCAGUGCCUUCAAUCGGAUGCUAAAUUUUUAAAAUAAUAUAGAUAUUAUACAUGUCAUUUUUAGCUUUUUUUAAAAAUUGUUAUUCAUUGCUGGUCUGUUUUUACCCAAAUUAUCACGGACACAUGAAUGGAUUUGAAGGAGGGUGAAUGUUUACAUGUGAAAGGAGUUUUGAUACGUUGCGCAGUUACAAGGUGUUUGAUUGGUUUAUAACCUUAAAUUCUUGGGGGGUUGCUUGAGAAAUUUCUUUGCCGCUAGACAAACUCGGCUUUGGUUGCGUGAUUAGAAACUUCAUCACUAGUUUGGUGGGUAGAUGAGACAUCGGGCGGGUGGCCUAGG